AUGUUACGGUCAGAGAGAAAUAAAACUGCGGCCACGUUCACUCUCUUGGGCUUCUCAGAUUUCCCAGAACUGCAAAUCCCCCUCUUCUUGAUUUUUCUGGCCAUCUACAGUGUCACUGUUGUAGGGAAUAUUGGGAUGAUUGUAAUAAUCAGAAUUAACCCCAAAAUGCACACCCCUAUGUACGUUUUUCUCAGCCACCUCUCAUUUGUGGAUUUCUGCCUUUCCUCCAGCGUUACUCCUAAGACCCUGGUGAACCUAGUUGCGGAAGACAGAACCAUUUCACUUUCAGAAUGUGUAGUACAAUUCUUUUUCUUUUGUACCUUUGCAGUAACUGAAUUCUUUUUAUUAGCUGUGAUGGCCUAUGACCGCUUUGUGGCCAUUCGUAACCCUCUGCUCUACACAGUUGCCAUGUCCCAGAAACUCUGUGCCAUGCUAAUGGGUGGAUCUUAUGCAUGGGGAGUAGCUUGUUCCUUGAUACUCACAUGCUCUGCUAUCAAAUUAUCAUUUCAGGGUUUCAACACAAUUAAUCAUUUCUUCUGUGAAUUCUCCUCAUUGCUGUCCCUCUCUUGCUCUGAUACUUAUGUCAAUCAGUUGCUCCUUUUCAUUUCUGCCACCUUUAAUGUGGUCAGCACACUACUCAUCAUUCUCAUGUCUUAUGUAUUUAUCAUUGUCACCAUCCUCAAGAUGCAUUCAGCCAGUGGGCGCCGCAAAGCCUUCUCCACCUGUGCCUCCCACCUGACUGCCAUCACCAUCUUCCACGGCACCAUCCUCUUCCUCUACUGUGUUCCCAACUCCAAAAACUCCAGGCACACAGUCAAGGUGGCCUCUGUGUUUUACGCAGUAGUGAUCCCCAUGUUGAAUCCUCUGAUCUACAGUCUGAAAAAUAGGGAUGUCAAGGAUACAGUCAGCAAAAUAAUAAAAACAAAUUUUCAUAUUGAAUGCAUGCAUUGGUAA